AUGCCUCCAACAACGUCAUCCUCAGUCAUCACAGACUUUCAAAAUCAAAAUGGGGUUUCUGCCAUGAUGUGCGACCCUUCGGCCUCUGACAACAACAAUCCUUUGUUGAAACUAGCAUCAUCUGCAUUAUCAUCAAACCCCACGGCCCUGAGCAUGCAGGCGCAAUAUGCCCUAGCAUUGCAGCAACAUCAGCAUCAGCAUCAGCAACAACAACAACAACAGCAAAUAUUGCAGCAACAACAACAAAUUCAGCAGCAACAACAGCACCAACAGCAACAGCUUCAGCAACAACACAUGUUGCAACAAGCUGCACAAUCACUGCAAUACUCUACCAUGGGUCCUACUCCUCAAACCCAACAGCAGCAGCAGCAACAACAACAGCAGCUCAUGGCACAACUGAUUGCCAGCGGUGCCACUUCCAAUCAGACCGCAGCAACUCUCCAAGCAGCAGUUUUGUUACAGCAACAUCAGCAACAACAUCAACAACAACAAAUAUUGCAGCAGCAAUUGCAAUACUUGGCCGCAUCACAAGGACAACACCACCAGAUGACGACUUCUCCUCACAAUUUGAUCCCAAAGCAUCUACAAGACACGACUUUGGAGGCAUCCAUGGAUGGAACUCCAGGGUAUCAACCCGCGGUGAUCCUGCCCCCUACUUCCACUUCAUUGUCGUCGUCGUCGUCAUCCUCUUCUUCUCCUUCCGGCAACAACAACAACAACAACAACACCAAUAAUGCUUUACCUGCGAACAACAUUAUCACCAACUCCGCACCAAAUCACCAACCGUCCAAUCUGAAUCUGGAUCUGAAUCUGGAUCUGGGUCAGCUUGCUCAACUGGCAGCAUCCAUACCGUGGGCAACUGCAAUUCCUCGCGCUCCCUUGACACUCCAGGAAGACAUGCUAUGCAAUAGCUUUCCUCCCAUUUACAAUGGAGUCAAUUUGCAGUAUCCCGGCUUGAGGCAGCUGCGUUCCUCGCCUCCUGUCUAUGUGGUGGACAAUUUCUUGACGCCGGCGGAAUGUCAAUUUUUGAUUCAUGCCGCAACCGAUGUCUUUCAACCAGCCCCCGUGGUGGGUCAAGGCAUUGGAGAAAUCUCUCCCAGCCGGACUUCCAGUACUUGCUAUCUGGCACGAGACGAUCUACCCGAAUAUCUGCGCAAAGUGCGCCUCCUAACAGGAAAACCAAUCAGUCAUUGCGAAUUGCCGCAAGUGGGCCGGUAUUUUCCAUCCCAACGCUAUUUGCAACAUUUUGAUGCCUUUGAUUUGAGUGAUGCCAAUGGUCGGCGAUUUGCCUCCAAUGGUGGACAACGGGUCGUGACAGUCCUGGUUUACCUAAACACCUUGACGGAAGAACAAGGGGGUGCGACUCACUUUCCCAAUUUGAACAUCAAAGUCCAACCCCAGCAAGGCAUGGCGCUCGUCUUUUUUCCAUCCACCGUCGAUGGACUUUUGGAUCGACAAGCCUUGCACGCUGCCUUGCCUCCUCUGGGCAACGCCACGAAAUAUGUUUCUCAAGUUUGGAUCCGACAAUCGGAUUACAAGGGGGAUCCGUCCAAACGACUCAAUCCCAUCAUGGGGAUUCAAAAUUAUCAACCUCCCAGUGUCAUGGACGUCUUGCAACUCAAGGCAGCCGCGGGAGCCAGUUGUUUGACGUGA